UCCAAUGAACAUCAGCAUACCACAUCUUGAGAAUGCAGAUGCUGAGGACGAGGUGUUUUGUGUGCACUGGGAGGCCAAUUCCUGGAUUCAAGAUGGCUGCCAUGUCAGUAUUACCAAGUCCACUCACACCGUCUGCUCCUGCGAAUACCCUUCAACAUUCGCCCUGAUCAUGACCAUGGAUCCAGCAAAGAAGAGUGACCCUGUGAUGAGCAUUCUGAACACCAUCUUGGUGCUGAUUGGCCUGCUGUUCCUGACCUUGGCGGUGAUGACCUUUGCCCUCUGUCGAUGGAACCCCAGGGUGUCCAACGUGGCUCGCCUGAACCUGUGUGUGUGUCUGCUGCUGGCCCACACCCUCUUCCUGCUCACACAGAGUUUCCUCCGACGAAUCAAAGUGCACCAGGCUCUGUGUAAGACCCUGGCUGGAGUCCUGCACUACCUCUUCCUGUGUUCCUUCGUCUGGAUGUCCAUAGAGGCCGUGAUGCUUUUCCUGUCUGUACGGAAGCUCAGGCAGGUCAAACCUAGCGAGAGGGCGUGGCUACAGUGGAAAGUCUCCCUCCCGAUUGGCUACGGGAUCCCGCUAAUCAUCGUGGGUGUGUCUGCUGGAGUGAACCCUGAGGGACACGGCAGUGACAAGUGCUGGCUAGUGGAGGACUUCAAAUGGAGUUUCCUUGGCCCUGUUUGUUUCCUCCUUGUUGUCAACACCAUCCUCCUCCUCACCAUCAUCAUCACCAUCCAGUCUACUCUGAAAGAGGCACGCAGCAACGUCUCAAAGGUCAAAUACACCAGGGUUCUGCUGUUCAAACUGACAGUCCAGUUCCUCAUCCUGGGUUGCCCCUGGUUACUGGGCAUGGGGGCAGCCACAAGUCGGGUUCUAGAGGUUCUCUUCCUGUUCCUCACCUCCCAGCAAGGAACCGCCAUCUUCCUCAUCCACUGCCUCCUCAACACAGAGGUGCGGUGUCAGUACAGGAAGUGGUGGCAGAGGUUCGGUCCGUCCAGUAAGCAGCCAGAGUCGGGAACUGGAACAGGAUUAGGGACUGGAACUGCCUCUAUCAGUCUGAUCCAGCAGCCAAGCAAGGACACUUGA